AUGUCGCAAAAGAAAGGCCUGUAUGUCGGAACCGACAAGCACCGCUGGUGGAAAGAAGCGGUAGUAUACCAGAUCUACCCUGCUUCGUUUCUAGACAGCAAUGGCGAUGGUUGGGGCGACGUCCCUGGUAUCACACAAAAGCUAGACUACUUGAAAGACCUCGGUGUUGAUGUGAUAUGGGUAUCGCCAAUCUACAAGAGCCCACAAGCGGAUAUGGGGUACGACAUUGCAGACUACGAGGAUAUCGACCCCAGCUAUGGCACCUUAGCCGACGUUGACAACCUGAUCAAAGAAGUCAAGAAGCGUGACAUGAAACUCGUCAUGGACCUCGUGGUCAACCAUACUUCGGAAGAGCAUGCAUGGUUUCUGGACUCGCGUUCAUCAAAGGAGUCUUCGAAGCGCGACUGGUAUAUCUGGAAGCCUGCAAAGUACGAUGCUGAUGGAAAUCGCCUGCCUCCAAACAACUGGGCGCAGAUCCUAGGAGAGGCCAACUCUGCGUGGACCUGGGACGAGAAGACCCAGGAGUACUAUCUGUCGCUCUUUACGCCCGAACAACCGGAUCUCAACUGGGAAAACCCCGAUGUUCGUGCAGCUGUACACGACAUCCUGCGCUUUUGGCUCGACAAGGGUGUCUCUGGGUUCCGCAUGGAUGUUAUCAACAUGAUAUCGAAGGUACAGACGUUCCCUGAUGCGGCCAUUUCGGUCAAAGACAACAAGUACCAGCCUGGCGACAAAUACUAUGCCAACGGCCCAAGACUACACGAGUGGCUGAAGGAACUUCGGCGCGACGUCCUCUCGAAAUACGACACGCUCACCGUUGGAGAAAUGCCAUUCGUCCGCGAUGAUGACGAAGUCAUCAAAGUCGUCGGUGCCGAGAGCGAAGAGCUGAACAUGAUCUUCGUCUUCGACUUGGUUGACAUCGACAACGUACCGGGCGAUUUCAAGUACACCCUACAACCAUGGGAUGCGCGUGAUCUGAAGAAGAUCGUAAACAGGCUGCAGCGUCUGAUGCUCGAGCGCGACGGCUGGAACUCGCUCUACGUGGAAAACCAUGACCAGCCCCGAAGUGUAAGCAGGUUCACCGAUGACAGCGACCAGUGGCGCGAGUAUGGCGCAAAAUUGUUGUGCUUGAUGCAGAAUACCCUCGCCGGAACGUUGUAUGUAUACCAAGGUGAGGAGAUUGGCAUGCGCAACGUGCCUAAAGAGUGGAAACCCGAGGAGUACAAGGAUAUCGAAAGUAUCAACUUCUUCAAGAAGUACCGCGACCUCUACCCCGGCGAUGCUGAAAAGCAAGCUCUAGCAGCCAAGAUCAUGCAACGCAAAGCUCGCGACAGCGCCAGAACACCCAUGCAAUGGGACUCAUCCGCCCAAGCCGGUUUCACCAGCGGAAAGCCCUGGAUGCGCGUCAACGACGACUAUCCCAGCAUCAACGCCGCAGCUCAACUCGCAAAUCCUGAACCCUCGCCCGGUAUGCUCUCCGUGCGCGCAUUCUGGAAGCGCGGUCUCGAGUGUCGCAAGGAGAACAAGGACGUCUUCGUGUACGGUGAUUUCGAGAUGCUCGAUAUGGAGGAUCAGAAGGUUGUUGCGUAUCGGCGGUGGAGUGAGAAGAAUGCUUUCAUCACUGUGCUGAAUUUCAGUGGAGAGCAGAUGGUGUGGGAGAAGAUGGGUGAUCUGAAAGUGAAGAAGUGGGUUGCUGGCAACUAUGACGAGAGGCAGUUGGAUGAGAAGGCGAAGAGUGGGAAGCUGGAGUUGAGGCCUUGGGAGGCUGUGCUGGGUAUGUUGGAGUAA